UAGUUAUAAUUAAAAAUUUAGAAAAACAUCAUGAGAAUAUUAAAUAUACAGUUUAUAAACCGACAUGUGAUAUUCAAGAAGACAUAAUUGACCUUUCUUUUAAGGAUAAGUUAUUACCAGGAAAUUACACUUUAUAUAUUAAAUAUUUUGGUUUUACUGAUGAAGUCUUUAGAAUUUUCGAAGUAAAAAAAAAAAUUGCUUUCGUAGCUGCUACUCAUUUGCAUAUAAUAGGCACCCGACAAAUGUCAUCGUGUUGGGAUGAAAAGUAUUUAUUCUUAGAAGCAACCUUUAACAUAUCUAUAGGAUGUAAUCAAUGCACGGCUUUGUCAAAUAUGCCAUUGCGAAAUACAGAAAAAAACAAGCACAAUAUAUUAUUGAAACGUUUCGAUACCACAUCUGCAAUGUCGCCGUAUCUUGCAACAAUAAUUGUAUCCAAUUACCUAUUACGUGUUGAUAAUUAUACUCAAAACAUUGAAAUGUGGUGCAGAUACGAAUCUGUAUUUCACAUGGAAUUUGCAAAGAAUGUAGCUGAAGAAAUCACGUUGUUGUUCAAAGAUACAUGGAAACAACGUUCGAACAAUAUUUCGAAAGUGACUCAUGUUGCAAUUCCAAAUUUCCCUGAUAAUGGCAUAAUAGUUUUUGGACUUGUUUUGUAUAACGAAAUGGAUAUCGUUUACGAUAAAAAUUUGUGUCCUGUUUCUCACAAAAUUGAAAUAGCUCAAUUAGUAGGACAUAAAGUGACACAGCAAUGGUUAUAUAAUUUGAACAAUCCGUUUCGAUCGGCUUUUUGGUUCAAUAAAGGUCUUACUACAUUGCUUGCAACGAAUUUUGUCAAUGAGAUCUAUCGAUUUAAUCGAAUAAUGAAUUUAUUUGUUGUUCAAAAUCAACAUACUUCUUUGUAUUUUGAUGAAUAUCGUAUGUGGGAUUCUACUUCACAAAAUGACAGAUUAUUGAAAAUUCGCGAAUCCAUCAGAGGUAUAUAACGUAAUAUAAUAAAA